AUGUUGAAGUCGCAAUUAGUGAAUUGGUUUAAUGAUUUUAUAGACAAAGAUCUCCAGUCGAUGCUCUUGCCACUAAGUCUAAUGCAAAACUUUAUGUUUUGUCCCAAGUUUCGUAUCAAAAAUAACCGAAUUACUCCAAUUACUUAUUUCCAUAAAUUCGUGGCAUUUGUCGGUACAGUCAUGUUCAUUUACUUCUAUGUUCAACGCGUCUACAUGCAAUCUUUCGAAAAAAAUUUCAAAAAUGAUUUCUUUGAGUUGUACACCUGCUGUUAUUGCAGUUUUGGCAUCGCAAUAAACUUUAUCGACAGCAUCAUCCAAACUAAAUUAUAUGUUAACUUCGUCUUGUUAAUACAAAAGGUUCACAGAUUAUUAAAUGAUGAACACCAUUUUAGGUUCUACGUUAUUUCAAAUUGGCUUCGUAUCAUUGCUGUCUACGGUUUCUUUAUCUUUAUUUUAAUUGAAGUCAGUGUUUGGAUCCAAAUGCCUUACUACUACAUUGCAAGUUGUUACACUAUGGUUGCUUUCGAUUUAAAUCUAGUAUACGCCAUCAGUUUAAUCACACUGUUAAAGGAUAAAAUCAUUUUAUGGGAUAUUCAUGUUUCGAAUUUACAAGCGAUGCAGGAAGAGAAUGAACCGAAGAAAAUGUACCAGACCUAUGUCAAUAUUUUGAAAUGUUAUGAAAUCUAUGCAACAUGCUUUGAAAGAAAUAUACUAUAUUACAUUUCAGAGAUAUUUGUUCAUAGUCUGGUUUAUUGUCAAGUGGCGCUUAAUACUCUUAAAGCUGGGAUGUUAAUUAAUUAUAUGGAAGGCGCUAUAAUAACAUUAUCAUCAGUUUGCAUUUGGGUUGGAAAAAAUUUGAUGCUGCAGCUAAUUUUGUGCUUAUACUGCGAAAAAUUUUACAUUGCAGUCGAAAAAGCUCAGGAUCGCUGUACUCAUAUUUUGACUUCAGGUAAUACAGGCAGUGUAAUUUCAACGAAUGAGAUUAGGAAGCUAUGCAAGAACGUGCUGCGCUUGCACCGCGCGUCGUUCAGCAAGAUACGCGCGUGCGGACUGUUCUACGUAGACGCGGCGUUACAACUCGCUCUUAUGGGGCUACUCACUAACUAUACUAUUGCGUUGCUACAGUUUGCUUUUUUGUAAUUGUCAAUUUAAAUCGGGAUACUUUAUUAAUAAUUUCUAUAACCGUUUGAAUAUCUGUGAGCCUGGUACCAAUCUCAUCCUCCGAGCCUUUUUCCCAAACUAUGUUGGGGUCGGCUUCCAGUCUAACCGGAUUCAGCUGAGUACCAGUGC